AUGCUUGAACGACUGAGUCUGGAUGACCAAGUUGUCGUGGUUACCGGAGGCGGUACGGGCCUCGGACUGGAGAUGGUCCGCCACCUCGCCCGAGCGGGCGCGAAUCUUGCCAUCGCCGGUCGUCGGACGGGCCCUAUCGAGAGUGCGGCAGAGGAAGUAAGAAACAUUGGGCAGUCCGCCAUCGCGGUGCCUACCGACGUGAGCAGCUCGGCUCAGGCCGAUGCUUUGAUCGAGUCUACCGUCGAGCAUUUCGGCCGGAUUGAUGUUUUGAUCAACAACGCGGCACUGGUUUCCGAUAGCAUUCCUACCCCCAUUUGGGAUAUCAUCGACGAGGACUGGCAGGCAGCCCUGGACGUAAAUCUGAGCGGCGCAUUCUUCUGUUCUCGCGCCGCCUCCAAACCCAUGGCCGACCAGGGCAAAGGCAAAAUUAUUAACGUCGCCUCCGGCUUUGGCAUGCGGGGUGGCCGAGACAUCUAUACCUAUUGUUGCACCAAGGGCGGGGUAAUCCAGUUAACCAGGGUCUUGUCCUUCAGUCUGGCCCGCUACGGGGUUACUGCCAACAGUAUCGUGCCGGGAUUCAUACCAACUGUUGGCACCGACACCGAAAUGAGGGAAUCGCUCCCCCGGUCCGGCGCAUACUUGCCCACUGGCAAGCUGGGCCAGCCAGAGGACAUUGGCCCAGUUGCGGUCUUCCUGGCAUCCCCUGCUUCCGACUACAUGACGGGAGAGACCUUUACCCUGGACGGCGGCGGCCUUGCCGGCGGCUUGGCUCCGACCGGAUAUGCUCCCACGGUUCCGCUAGAGCCAUAA